AUGCUGGUCCUUGGUUACAGGGCGCUUUUCGUCUUAUUUACCUUCUUGACUGUCUGCCUCGGGCAGGUCAAUCAGACGCAGUAUGAUGUGAUUGUAAUCGGCGGUGGACCUUCUGGCCUUAGUGCAGCCAGUGGAUUGUCGCGUGUCUUGAGAAAAGUGAUAUUGUUCGAUUCCGGAGAGUACCGAAACAAUCCCACAAGGCACAUGCACGAUGUCAUUGGAAACGACCAUGUUGUGCCCACCGCCUUCCGAGCUGAAGCAAGGAAGCAGAUAUCCUUUUACAACGUGACCACCUUUGUAGAUCAAAAGGUUACAAAGAUCCAGUCUACCAACAACAGCUUCAGUGCUACCGUGGCAAAUGGUACAACCUUUACAGCGCGCAAGGUUAUCUUAGGUAGCGGACUGAAGGAUGACCUUCCCAAUGUCCCCGGGCUCCGUGACGCCUUUGGCAAGGGUAUUUUCUGGUGUCCGUGGUGUGAUGGUUUCGAGCACCGUGACCAGCCAGUUGGCGUUCUCGGUAACCUAUCGGAUGUCUAUGAUAGCGUCAAAGAACUGUAUCCAACACUCAACAAGGACAUACGAGUCUAUUCGAACGGUACCAACAACACAGCCCAACGGACACGCAUUGCCAGCAAGGAUCAAAACUGGGAAGGAGUGUUUAAGGCAUACAAUAUCACCGUCAUCAACAAGCCUAUCCUGAAUAUCACUCGCAUUCAGAACGGGAGUAUCGUCCAGGAUGAGGCUAUUCGUAGAGAGUUCGACAAGUUCCGAGUCUAUUUCACGGAUGGAACCUUCGAGGAACGGGGUGCUUUCAUUACAAACUACGCAACUUCACAGGCGUCUGAGCUGCCGAAACAGUUGGGUGUAGGCUUCCUGGGAAACAAAAUGAACACGACGGCUCGAGGUCUGCAAACAACUGUUAAAGGAGUGUGGGGUGUUGGCGAUGCCAACAGCGACAACAGCACCAAUGUUCCCCACGCAAUGUCCAGCGGAAAGACAGCGGCUGUUUUUUGUCAUGUUGAACUGGCUACCGAAGAGUUGGCGCAGACUAGCGGAGCCUCAGCAAAACGAGAUAUGAUGAGUCAUGGACUUGCACAUGAGCGUGUCGAACAUCAGAUGGGCAACGAGAUUCAAGACAUCUAUAACAGAUUGAGACGGCGUUAA